AUGAAGAACCUCUUCUUUUCUAUGUUCGUCAUCCUCUCCGUCCUCUUCCUUGCUGCUCAAGUAAGCGAUGCCGCGGUCCCUUGCAGCACUGUCACCGUGAAGGCUGCACCCUGCUUGAAUUUUGCCAGAGGAGUGGACGCCACACCGUCGGCACAGUGCUGCAGUGGGCUCACAGCCCUGGCUUCAGGUGCAAAGACUCUUGAUGACAAGAAAGCCAUCUGCAAUUGCAUGAAGAAUGCUGUGAAGAAUAUUAAGGGUGUUCAGGACAAGUACUUGAGCAAAAUUCCUACUGCUUGCAAAAUCAAAGUCAACUUCCCUGAUCAACUAAAAUGCUAUUGGAUUGCAGAGGAAGAGGGGACUAAAUUUGCUAUAGUAGUGUAG